GCCAAAUCCUUUUGAUGAUAAAUCUUUCAUCCAGUGAGCUGUUGGGAAAAAAUUUGCACGUCCCAGCCGUGCUGGCACCAUCUUCAACAAGAGCUGCCAGUGCUGCAACUGGCCAUAAAACUGCCACAGGUUCAUGUAUAAUGCUACAGUAAAAAUGUCUCCACCUGAAAGGUAGCCAGUGUAAAACUGCCGCCACGAUGACCAGACUUAUUCUACUCACAGACAUUUGCCUGUUAUAUAUUCAUUUUGGUUCAGCCUAUCAGCUUAUAUGCUACUUCACCAACUGGGCCCAGUACAGACCUGACCCUGUGAAGUAUGUGCCUGCCAACAUUGAUCCCUUCCUGUGCACACAUCUGAUCUACGCAUUCUCCAUCAUUAACUCUGCAAAUCAGCUGGCCACCUACGAGUGGAACGAUGAGACUCUCUACCAGUCAUUCAAUAGUCUGAAGCAAAGUAACCCAAGCUUGAAGACACUUUUGGCUGUUGGAGGAUGGAAUUUUGGUUCAACUCAAUUCUCUACCAUGGUGUCCACCAAAGCAAACAGAAAUACAUUCAUCCAGUCCUCCAUAAGCUUUCUCAGAAAGUAUGGAUUUGAUGGCCUGGAUCUAGACUGGGAGUAUCCGGGAGCCCGCGGCAGUCCUCCAGGGGACAAGAGAAGAUUCACUCUGCUCUGCAAGGAGCUUCUCGACGCCUAUGUGGCUGAAAGCCGUGCAACAGGACGUCCCCGACUUAUGGUCACGGCUGCAGUGGCUGCAGGGAAAUCAACUAUAGAUGCUGCAUAUGAAAUUCCUCAGAUUUCCCAGUACCUGGACUUCAUUGGCGUGAUGACCUAUGACUUUCAUGGGACUUGGGAAAGUUUCACCGGCCACAACAGUCCUCUGUAUCAAUGGUCUCAGGAAACAGGAAAUCAAAUUUACCUUAAUACUAAUUAUUCGAUGACAUACUGGAAGAAUCAGGGUGCUCCAGUGGAGAAGCUGAGGAUGGGUUUUGCUACGUAUGGCAGAACGUUCCAACUGUCAUCUACAGCGAGUGGCCUGGGAGCUCCAACAAGUGGCCCUGCUUCUGCUGGCACCUACACCAGAGAGGCAGGCAUCUGGUCUUAUUAUGAGAUCUGCAGCUUCCUUCAAGGAACCAGCAUACAAUGGAUCCAGGAUCAAAAAGUACCCUAUGCCACGAAGGGGGGUCAGUGGGUUGGCUUUGACACCAAGGAGAGCUUUGACACAAAGGUGACCUACCUCAAAGAUAAUAAUUUUGGAGGGGGCUUUGUCUGGGCUCUUGAUCUGGAUGAUUUUACUGGACAGUUCUGUGGACUGGGAAGCUAUCCUCUCAUCAGCGAGCUCAAGACAUUGCUAAACAAUGGUGUAUAAAUUUAUGAGAAUGCGCCAUCAUCAGUUACUCAUAUGUUACUCAUAAUAUGAAUCUCUCUGAAUUUACAUCCUCCUCUGUUCCUUUUUACCAUCCUCAUGCUGCAGCUCUUAUUUUAUUAUGUCCAUAUUUUAUUUCUCUUUCUUUAAAAAAAUAUUAAAAUAGAAUUGUAAUUGAAAAUGCUCACUAACUUUACUAGCAUUGAUCUUUUCUAAUCAAAUUUAAUUGUGAUUGGUAUUUUCUGUUGGGCUUGAAAACUGCUAUAUUAUCUUUGAGAAAUGUUCUUUAUUGUCAGUUGUAUUAGUCCAGAUUUACCAAUAUGUAUGGUAAUAAAUAGAAUAAAUCACAAUUUUAUUCCUGGGAUCAAAACCACAGGCUUACACUAUGCAUUGAUUCAGUUUGAAUGCAUAAAAUUGUUUUUGAAAAACACAACCCAAGCAAUUCUUUACAGUCUCAGAGGUCUAAAAAGACCAGCAGGAGAGUUCAUUAAUUUACACAGAAGUUGGAGAACGAUCAGAUACUACUGAAUCUGAUGCUGAAUCAGUGUCAUAUGGAGGAGUUGCUAGUUUCCUUGAUGCAUAUCAAUGCAAGGCCAAACACUCUCCAAAAUCUCUUACUCGAUAGCUUUAACACUUUAAAUGUUCAAUAAUGUUGAUAAAGCUUAGCAACAUACUAAAUAAUUUCUAUAUAUUGUUGUAGUGUGAAAUGCUGAAAUGUUUCUUUGUCUCCUUCAUUAACAUAUUUAAAGCAUGGUGGCAGAAUACUACCACAU